CUUGAAGGGCACUGGAGGAAGGAGUGACGCAUAGAGGGACUCGAGGUCCGCGGUGGGAAUGAUCCACGAACUGCUCUUGGCUCUGAGCGGGUACCCAGGAUCUAUUUUCACCUGGAACAAGCGCAGUGGCCUUCAGGUGUCACAGGAUUUUCCAUUUCUCCAUCCCAGUGAAACCAGUGUCCUCAGUCGACUCUGCCGCCUGGGCACAGACUAUAUUCGCUUCACUGAGUUCAUUGAACAGUACACAGGCCAUGUGCAGCAGCAGGAUCACCAUCCAUCUCAGCAGGGCCAAGGUGGGUUAUAUGGAAUCUAUCUAAGGGCCUUCUGCACAGGACUGGACUCAAUUUUGCAGCCUUAUCGACAAGCACUGCUUGAUUUGGAACAAGAGUUCCUGGCUGACCCCCAUCUCUCUAUAUCACAUGUCAAUUACUCCCUGGAUCAGUUUCAGCUCCUUUUCCCCUCUGUGAUGGUUGUAGUAGAACAGAUUAAAAGUCAGAAGAUUCAUGGAUGUCAAAUCCUGGAAACAGUAUACAAACACAGCCGUGGAGGUUUGCCUCCUGUUCGAAGUGCACUAGAAAAAAUCCUGGCCGUGUGUCAUGGGGUCAUGUAUAAGCAGCUCUCAGCCUGGAUGCUGCAUGGACUCCUCUUGGACCAGCACGAAGAGUUCUUUAUCAAACAGGGUCCGUCUUCUGGGAAUGUCAGUGCCCAGCCAGAAGAGGAUGAGGAGGAUCUGGGUAUUGGAGGACUGACAGGAAAACAACUGAGAGAACUCCAGGACUUGCGCCUGAUUGAGGAAGAGAACAUGCUGGCACCAUCUCUAAAGCAGUUCUCCCUGCGAGUGGAGAUUCUGCCAUCCUACAUUCCAGUGAGGGUUGCUGAAAAAAUCCUGUUUGUUGGAGAAUCUGUUCAGAUGUUUGAGAAUCAAAAUGUCAACCUGACUAGAAAAGGAUCCAUUUUGAAAAACCAGGAGGACACUUUCGCUGCGGAGCUGCAUCGUCUCAAGCAGCAGCCGCUCUUCAGCCUGGUGGAUUUUGAGCAGGUGGUAGAUCGAAUUCGUAGCACUGUGGCUGAGCAUCUCUGGAAACUGAUGGUGGAAGAGUCAGAUUUACUGGGUCAGCUGAAGAUCAUUAAAGACUUUUACCUUCUGGGACGUGGAGAACUGUUUCAGGCCUUCAUUGACACAGCUCAACACAUGUUAAAAACACCACCCACUGCAGUAACGGAACAUGAUGUGAAUGUGGCCUUCCAACAGUCAGCACACAAGGUGUUGCUAGAUGAUGACAAUCUUCUCCCUCUGUUGCACUUGACAAUUGAGUACCAUGGAAAGGAGCAUAAAGAUGCUACUCAGGCCAGAGAAUGUCCUUCUCGGGAAACUUCUCCUCGGGAAGCCCCUGCUUCAGGUUGGGCAGCCCUAGGUCUUUCCUACAAAGUGCAGUGGCCACUGCACAUUCUCUUCACCCCUGCUGUCCUGGAAAAGUACAAUGUUGUUUUCAAGUACUUACUGAGUGUGCGCCGGGUACAAGCCGAACUGCAGCACUGCUGGGCCCUCCAGAUGCAACGCAAACACCUCAAGUCCAACCAGACAGACGCAGUCAAGUGGCGCCUAAGAAACCACAUGGCAUUCUUGGUGGAUAAUCUUCAGUACUACCUCCAGGUAGAUGUGCUGGAGUCUCAGUUCUCACAGCUGCUUCAUCAAAUCAAUUCUACCCGAGACUUUGAAAGCAUACGAUUGGCUCACGACCACUUCCUGAGCAAUUUGCUGGCUCAGUCCUUUAUCUUGUUGAAACCUGUGUUUCACUGCCUGAAUGAAAUUCUGGAUCUCUGUCACAGCUUUUGCUCGUUGGUCAGUCAGAACCUAGGCCCACUGGAUGAGCGUGGGGCCGCCCAGCUGAGCAUCCUGGUGAAGGGCUUUAGCCGCCAGUCUUCGCUCCUAUUCAAGAUUCUCUCCAGUGUUCGGAAUCAUCAAAUCAACUCAGAUUUGGCUCAGCUACUGUUACGACUAGAUUAUAACAAAUAUUACACCCAGGCUGGUGGAACUCUGGGCAGUUUUGGGAUGUGAAAAUUUCUGGUUCACAAACUGAAGUAACAAGUCUAUUCCACUGCAUUCUCAUCUUUAACAGAAGACUCAAAACCAACAUCCCAUUCCCUAGCCACUCACCAAAUGUCUGCAAACUACUGAGGCGGCUCUACUCUCGUCCUAGAAGCAAUUACUGAACAUUCAUGGACACAAACCCUUCCCUUUGUUCGCACAUGGAAGGGUCUGCCCCACCUGAGGGGAGAUCAGAACUUGCCCACAAAGGACACGUGGCAUCACUUCUGCCUGUGCUGACCCAUCACACUGAGAACAUUUGUCAGAUAAGUUCAUGUUUUGAGCACCUACUAUGUGCCUAGUUACUGUUCAAGCUGCAAAAGACAGAGUAGUAAGUACUAUGUAGCAGAAAGUUAAAUAUUUUGUGGCUUGUGUGAAUAAGAAAUUGUUUAUAAAUAGGUCAACUGCUGGAUGUUACCAUUAAGCAAGAAGUGCACCAGGUAAGAUAGGUUUCCCCCUACCCCACAGACCCUCUUUCCUCCUUUUGAAAAUGGAAAUUGAGAAUGCCCCAUCCUUAAGGAGCUUCAAAACUGUGAAUCUGAAGAAUUUUACCAAUAACUUCCAAUUACUUCAGACUGGUAAAAGGGCAAUUCUAGCUAUUGACAAUGUGUUUAAAAAUAUUUUUUAACAAAGAAAAAAUCUCCUUUAAAAAAUUGAGGUCAAAUUAUGAGAUUUAAAGUACUGAAAAUCGCAGGUCUAAUUUUCCCACUUUAGGAGAACCACAGGUUCUCUAAACUCUAGCCCAACCAUCACUGGGAACCACUAAUGCUCGUGUCAGUGUAAAUGAAAAUAAAUGUUCAUUGAAUAAUUUCCUUUAAACCAAAAAAGAAUGCAGCAUUAUGGCUUCAGUUUGUAGCUGCUCAGUCUGGCCCUCACUGCUUCAUCUUCCACUGCAUACUCUACACCCUUGUUCUCUGCAAUUGUCAGCUAAAGAUGACCCCUUCCGCGGCUGCCCCUGAAGCAGGGGUUAUCAAACCAUCGCCUGCCACCUGUGUUUAUAAAGGCUCACUGGAAC